AUGACUGAAGAACCUCAUUCUUUUACUGAACAACCUAUUGGUCAAAUUGAACCAGUUGAACAAAAAGAAGAAAUAUUAAACCAACCUCAAGAAAUACAACAACCAAAUUACAAUGAUGAUAUUGGUGAUAUAUUUAAUAUUGAUAAUUUAAAAAGAAAAGUAAAUAGAGUAAUAUCACGACUUGAUCAAACGUUUGAUGUUAGUCCUGUUUUUAUUUGUUUAUUAGCAACGGCUGGUUCAAUUAUGGGAGGAUUGUUUGUUUAUAUAGUCAAACCUAAAGUAACUGUUGCUCGUCAGUUUGCAAUUCAAUCUAUUAUAGUAAAUGGUAUUACUGCAUAUUUUACUGUAUUACUUGGAAUUGCAUCAAUUUUUGCACACAAACUAAUAUGGUUUUUUAUUAUUUCUAUUUUAACAAUGUUAUUCCUUUAUAUUACUCAAAUAGGAUUGGUCAUUGCUGGUAGAGGGGUAAAAUUUUUUGGUUUUCCUUUAUUAGGUACAUGGAUUCUUCAUCAAACCCAACCAUCUACUCUUUUACCCAAUUAA